AUGGAGGAUCCCUCCGACUGGCAUCCUUCGUAUCCGCAGACACAGCGUCCUUUAUCCAUGCCCGUCGAAUACGACCCUGGAGUCGCGUCGGGCAGUGAAGCGCGCAUCUUUGGUCAGCGUCAUCAUAAGCCCCAGACUUCCAUCUCGCGCCCUUCAGCACGCUCGAUAUCCUCGUCGUCGACCAGUGUACCCAUACCCAUUCCAUCGAAUCCAAAUGUCAUUCCCGGCAAUCUACUCCCGUCAGCGCCUGCAUCUCCGCCGACCCCGGCUCCGUCACCAACGCCUGGCCGUCGUCUUCCCAGCUGGGCCUCUUCGACAGCACCGUCUCUCGAUUUGCACAUGGCCGGGGAUGGCGAUCUGGACGACCUUGGCAGCGAAGCUACUUUCACCCUGGACAAAGGCCUGAGAUUCAGGCAUAUGAAGACCAUGUUUUCCGAAAUGGACAACGAUGAACGCAAACGCAUCUUGACCGAACUAUUGGCCAACUGCGACGGGAAGCUACUCGGCUAUGUUGCCAAUUUUGUUGCACCACGAUUAAAGAGAGAUCCAUUUGGUGUAUUACCCAAUGAGCUCUGCCUGAGGGUAUCGAAACGAUGGCACGAGCUGGUUAGCGACGAUAUGGCUUGGAAGAGCCUUUGUGAGAAGCAUGCAUAUCGUCGUAUGUCAGAUGACACUCCUUCGACCAGUACUAGGCAGCAACAUUCGUCGCCAUACGAGCCGUUCCACUCGGGAUCGUCUCUCAGCUUCGCCACGCAUGCCCUUCGCAUACAUAACCCCGCAUUUGCCAGCUUCAGCACUUCAACACCUGAUCUAAGUCGUGUCAAGAGUCUCGAUAGAACAACCUCCGCUCCAGUCCUGCCUUCCUCGGCCAUCCGCCGACGACCACAAGCCAUGACUUACCGCUCUCACUUCAAGCAAAAGUACCAGGUCGAAACCGCUUGGAGGACUGGCGGCAAGGUCGACCAAAGACAGAUCACCCCAGAUCAAGGUGUUGUGACCAGUCUGCAUCUUACCGACAAGUACAUCAUCGUUGCCCUGGACAACGCAAAAAUCCACGUUUUCGACACCGAAGGCAAGCAUCUCAGAUGUCUACAAGGCCAUGUCAUGGGUGUAUGGGCCAUGGUUCCUUGGGGUGACACUUUGGUGUCUGACNAACCCAUUCACAUGCUGCGUGGUCAUACUUCUACGGUUCGUUGUCUGAAGAUGUCUAAUGCCACCACCGCCAUCUCUGGUUCCCGUGACACCACUCUUCGCAUCUGGGACAUUGAGAAGGGCCAGUGUAAACACGUUCUCAUGGGUCACCAAGCAAGCGUUCGCUGCCUUGAGAUUCACGGAGACCUGGUCGUUUCGGGGAGUUACGACACAACAGCGAGAAUCUGGAGCAUCAGCGAAGNNGAAGAUGCCUCAGGACGUUGCAAGGACACUUCAGCCAAAUCUACGCUGUCGCCUUCGAUGGAAAGCGCGUUGCUACAGGUAGUUUGGAUACCAGUGUCCGUGUCUGGAAUGUGGCGGAUGGGUAAGCAUUUCCUGAAACCAUCGCUUGAAAUCAAGCCACUGACACUUUACAGCAAAUGCCUUGCAAUCCUCCAAGGCCAUACUUCUCUCGUCGGUCAACUCCAGCUCCGUGGUGAUACACUUGUGACUGGCGGCAGCGAUGGCAGUGUUAGAGUCUGGUCAUUGCAAUCCUACACACCCAUUCAUCGUCUUGCGGCACACGAUAACAGCGUGACGUCGCUGCAGUUCGACGAGUCGCGUAUUGUAUCUGGUGGAUCCGACGGACGUGUCAAGGUAUGGGAUCUCCAACGCGGGUGUCUCGUACGAGAACUUGGACAACCUGCCGAAGCAGUCUGGCGUGUUGUCUUUGAAGAGGAGAAAGCAGUCGUUCUUGCAUCUAGGCAAGGCAAAACAGUCAUGGAGGUCUGGAGCUUCGCCCCACCGGAGGAUGGAGACACAAGCAGCACAGCAUCGAGCCCCGCAGUCGUCUCGAUGCCUGCGCUGCCAGCCAGUGAACCCUCACCAAUGCACAUAUCAGACGCGCCAUCUGAGGUCCAGGCUGAGGACACAAUCAUGACAGACGAGACUCCACGCGACAACGAGGUCUCUUCACCUGUCACAUCAUGA